GGCACUGUCGUCGUAUGCUCGGGUUUUUGUCGACAUCAAACGGUUGAAUCUCUUGUGAGAGUUUCAGAGUUGGAUUAAACCCGUCCGGAGAGCGUUUGUGGGCGUUUUCCAAACCAUUUUCUGGGUGCUCAGCGGGAAGUCGGGAGCAUAAGGUUUAUUUGUGAGAAGAAGCGAGGUGUUAUGCACCUUUGCGGCCUAAACACUCCCCGAGGAAACUGAUAUUUUUUUUUCAAUAAUUAGUGAUAUUUUUUAUUAUUUGUCGCAACAGGUUAUAUCUGUAUUUGACUUGUGCGGGGACCUUAAAAAUGAUUUCCCUUCUUAAAGGACAAUUAGGAGCGUGUGCGCUCCUGCUCGUGGCGUUUCUACCGGACUUCACCUGUAGCCAGGAAACUGGUGAGGCAUGCUUAGCCAAAUUCAAGGAAGGUCGGCAGGAUUUCGUCCUCGAUGCCGAUGAAUCAGUGAAAGACGGGGCGACGUUUAUUUCGUCGCCGCCACUGGAUCGAUACAAGGACUGCGUGAGCGCCUGCUGCAAAGAACCGAAGUGCAAUGUCGCCUUCAUGGAGAGAGGAUCCGCGGAGGGCUUGGUCAAAUCCUGCUUUCUCUUUGACUGCCUUUACAAAAAGAAAUACGCCUGCCGCUUUGUCAGGAAGAAAGGAUACAUCAGUUACAUCCUGGAGUCCGUUUAUGAGAGUUACCUGGAAUCUGAUGUUCCUCCAAAUGAUUCCGACCGUCCGCCAGUGGCCAAUGGAGGCCUGGACAAGGUGGUCCAGCCUCAGGACAGUGUGACACUGAGCGGCAUAGAAAGCAAAGAUGAUAAGAAGAUUGUGACCUACCAGUGGCAAAUGCUCACUGGAUACCCUUAUGCUGUCAUUGAGAAAACCAACUUUGACGACCAGAUUGUUGUGUCCAAUCUGACGUCUGGGAUGUACAAGUUCCAGCUGACCGUCACAGACACCAUCGGCCAGUCUGACUCAACCAAGAUCUCUGUCCUGGUUCUUACUCCUGAGCAGUCUGAGCACCACUGUAUGGCUCCAAAGAAGAUUGGACCGUGUCGUGGCUCCUUUCCUCGUUGGCAUUACAAUGCUGCCUCAGAGAAGUGUGAACAGUUUAUAUUUGGGGGCUGCAAGAAUAAUCUCAACAACUAUCUCUCUGAGGAUGAAUGCACCAAAGCCUGCUACGGCUCAGAAAAAAGUACCAAAACUGGUAGAGGUUUGCCAAUUUCCACGCCUCAAGCAGGAGAAAGAUGUGGCACUCCCUGCACAGCAGAGGAAUUUACCUGUGCGAACGGCUGCUGUUUGAGUCCCGGUCUGGAGUGUGACAAGACCCCGCAGUGUAGCGACAACUCAGAUGAGGAGAAAUGUGACAUCUUAAACGACAACUUUCGGAUUUUGCUGGAGAUUCCUGUGAAUGAACAAAAAGUGCGCUGCACAGAGCUUCCUGAUACUGGAAGCUGCAGGGAAAGUUAUAGCAAGUGGUACUACAACCCCUUGAGUCAGAAAUGUGUCCGUUUCAACUACGGUGGCUGCCAUGGAAAUGACAACAGAUUUGACACUGAGCAGACCUGUGAGAGAGUUUGUAAAGGGGUAACAGAAAAGGAUAUAUUUGCAAGAAGGGAGGAAUUUGAACGCAGCGUGUCCGGAAGCCAAACAGGUAUUAUAGCAAUAGCUGCCCUCCUGGGUGUAGCUAUCCUCAUUCUACUGGGCAUUCUGGUGUUCUGCCUCAUGAAGGGAAAGAAGAAGUCUGCACAACACCACCGUGUGCCUGUCAACACCGCCCCGGUCACCUUUGAGGACAGAGAGCGUCUGGUCUACAACAGUACCACCAAGCCCAUCUGAUCCCUAACCUUUAACCCCGUCCUGGUGGUGAAUGACACUGGUUGCCGCAGUUGUGUCGCACAGCAAAUAAACUCAGAUUGAUGAGAGAGGAAACAAGUCUUAAUACUGGAGGGGAUCUGAUUUUAUUCUGUCCAUACACGGAUGUAUUUCGUGAGGGUGAUGUACAUAGAAGGCAGAACAUCUUCCAUAAUGAAAUGUGAUGUUUUAUUUUGAUUUUUAGCUUGUUUUUAAUGCAUCAGCCUGUUAAACUCUUAGUUAUUAGUUUAUACUCCGUUUUAACAGGAUUUUCAUUAGUUUGGAGGUACAUUACCACUGGAUGUCUCACACGUUGUUCCCACUGGAUCAGGUUAAAUCCCUGAAUAUUUUCUACUUUGUUGUAUUUGCUCACAUUAAAUAAUUUGAUAGCUUUAAGUGCACAGCUCUCUUUAAAAUAUUCAUUAGAUCCACAACACUCGGUCCCCAUUGGUCCGUUACUUCAAAAUAAAAGUCCAGAUUCCGUUGCAUCCUCAUAAAACUGACCUCUGGGAAAUUUUGAGGAUAGGCAGUUUUGUAUGUUGAUCCCUUCAACUUCCCAAAGUCCUGCUACACCAGCAUCUUCCCUCUGUCAGAUUUUUUUAAAAAAUGCUGUUAAUAAACCAUUGUUACACUGGAUUUCAGACACAGUUCAUGCAAAAUGUUGUACAUAUUCUUAGAAUUUUGAGAAAGAAAUAUUUUACUUAAGAAAGUUAUUUUGUCAAUGAUUGUUCAGAAGUGUUUUAAGAACAAGCAGAUUGCAUACUUACAUAUGUCAAACAGUGCUUAUUGAUACGUUUAUAAAGAAUAUUCAACUUAAGAUGUUUGUACAGAAGACCAUACAUAGGUUUCUAUAACUUUGGAAGUAUCAUUAUGAUGUUUAUACUGAAUAAAUACACUAACUCAAAA